AUUUCUGUCAAAAUUUUGAGUUGAUAAUUUCGUGUUGUUUAUGUCGGUCUUACAUUUACUCAAUAACAAUUCGUUUCGUGAUUUAUUUAAAACGAUUCGACGCUGAUUGUUAAAUUUUGAUUUAAAAAUUGAUUUAAGUGAAUAAGGCACGGAGCUGACGAGUUGUCGUUUCACAUUUUCACGAUACUAAAUCAAUCUGUCCAUUAAACAUCUCGUUGAACGUGUAGUGUCGGUGAAAGGCAACAAGUUUCAUCAAAACCAAAAUCGAACACAGAAUGUCAAUUCUGCUGGCUGAUAUCGAUGCCACCUGUGCAGCACUCGGAUUUAACGAUGGUAACGUUUACCAUUUCGAGGACGAUGCGCUGCAAGGCCUCAAACAUCUUAUUUGGAUCCUGCGACGUGACAGCGAAAUUCAUGAGCAUCGUCGUCAUUUGGGUCGUGGUCAAGUUCUGCAGACCGAUCUGUUGCCAAUGUUAAUGAAUCAAACGGAAGAAGAUGAUAUGUCUGAUGUUUUGCUACGAUUGCUGGUCAAUUUGACCAGUCCAACGUUACUGCUGUAUCGUGAAGAAUUGCCGAAAGACGGUCCCGGUCGUCGAAAUUUCAUGGAAUUGACCGAAAUUCUGCAAAGCUAUAAGGCCGCGUUUUCGUUGCAACCGGUCUGGGCAGCACUGGGGAAACGGUUGCAGAAGGUGCUCGAAAUCGAUUGGGCUGAACGCAGUGAAGAGCAAGGACUACUCAUCGAACGUGUUUUAGUGCUUGUUCGUAACGUUCUGCAAGUGCCAGCUAACCCAGAUUCUGAACGACGAGCUGACAACGAUGCAUCGAUACACGAUCAAGUGUUGUGGGCUCUUCAACAGGCUGGUGUACUCGACCUAGUGCUUUACAUAAUGGGCUCCGAAUAUGAAAAUCAAUAUCAUUUACACGCACUCGAAAUCAUUUGCCUCAUGUAUCGAGAACAGACGGCUGAAUCGCUGGCCGAUGCAUCUCUACAACGUAGUGCGGCUGAAAAGCAUCGAGAUGAACAAGAACUGAUGGUGGCUCGUAGACGUGAAAAGGCUAAAUAUCAAAUACGGCCACCACCUGGUCGCCAUUCACGCUUCGGCGGUACGUAUGUUUUGCAGAAUGUGAAAUCCGUUUCCGAUAACGAUAUCAUAUGCCAUCAAUCGUUACCUCGGGCCAUUACAAUGGAUUUUAAUCGAGAGAAAAAUAUUCAAAAGCGGUCGCAUCGCAUUGUACAGGAGGUGGCGUCAUGUGAACGACGCAGUGCAUUCUCGGUGAGAUUAUUUCUGCGAGAAUUUUGUAUUGAAAUUCUGGGAUCAGCAUUCAACAAUUUGGUUCGACAAGUGCGACGUGUGCUGGAACGCAGCACCACCGGUAACGAUGAUUCCUAUUUACUGUGGGCGAUACGUUUUUUUCUGGAAUUUAAUCGGUUAAACGAUUUUCAGUUGCAAUUAGUUAGCGAGUCAUUAAGCACUCAAUGUUUUCAUUGGGUUCUCACAAGAGUUCAACAUCACAUCGAUAUGAUCGGAUCGGAUAAAAAGAACGCUCGAAUCUGGGCGAAACGAUUGCACAUUGGAAUAAUGGCAUUCAAAGAGUUGCUGUGCAGUUUAAUUGCGUUACAAAAAGUUAAAAAUGAUGAUUCGCAAGCAUUGUACAAAAUGUUGCUGAAUAACGUGUGCUAUGUCAUGGAAUUCCGGGAAUGUAUUUUGCAUACACUUAUGAAUUACAACGAAGCGCACAGUACAAAAGCCUAUUUACGCGAUGUAAUUGAAAUGGUUCAUAUUUUCUUCAAAUUAAUGGAAAAUUUUUGCAAGGGUGGUGUCGUUGUACAAAAGAAAUCCACCAAAAGGGCAAAACAUUCAAAGAAAUCGUCUAAAAACAAAGCAGCCACAUCAAAACCAGAAGAAAAUCUGGAAAAGUUUGAAAAUAUUUGGGAAACCAUUGCGGCUCAAGUAUCUGCUGUUUUGGCAAGUGACAUUGCAUUGCCGGAGGAAGAACAUCCUUUACCCUUUGACGCUAUAUCCGAUAAAAGUAUGGAUGAUCAAAAGGAUACAUGCAUGAUUAAGAUCCAUACUCUAUUGCGGCAAGAAAAAUUCGAGCAUGCCAUCAUCCUGUUACGUUCGGCAAGGGAAAUAUGGCCGGAAAAUGAUUGUUUUGGUGCUGCAUCUGCAGCCCCCGAGGACGAAUUUAUGCUGCUUCAUGACAUUUUCACCACAAAUUUGGGACCAGUUGAAAACCUUGGCGACAAUUUGUCAGUGAUUGAUGGAAACGAUGAUGGAACUGAUGAUGAGGAUGAUGAUGAUGAAGAAGGUAUCACAGAGAUAACAGAAACUGAUUUCCGUUUUUCUGAUUUCGAGAAGCGGUUAGUAAAUCCUCGAGUGGUACGUGCCUGCACAAUUGUGCUCGCUGAUUGGGAAAAAAUAACAACUCGAGCAUUAAAAAGCGCUGUAACAAUUUUGCAUAGAAUAUCAUUCGGAUGCAAAGUACCAGCAAUGAUGUACCAAGCAUCGUUGUUCCGCAUUUUUCAAAGCGUUUUCCAUGCGCCCAACGAAGAGCAUAGCCGUGAAUUGAAGAAAUUGGGAAUUUACAUUGUUCGCCAGUUUGUAGCUGUGGCACCGUCAAAUCCGAAAAUUUACGCAGAAAUGCUGUUUUUGAAAUCACUUCGGGAAGCUAAUGAUAUUGAAAUGGGCUAUGACACCGUGCAUGAAACCGAUAACAAAAGAGGAUGGAGCGAAGAACAAGAAGACGAACUACGGCAUCUCUAUAUGGAAAAUCAAAAUAAUCCGCAAACGGAUCAAGACGUUAUCGAUUGGAUACUGGACAAUCUCAUUGAUAAGACUCGUACGCGUCGAAUGGUCAUCAAAAAAUUGAAAGAUCUUGGUCUCAUAUUUAAGGCACCGACCAAGAAAUCGAACGCAUUACCCAAAAAUACCUGGCUCUUCGAUCAGGAUCAACGAUUACGUGAUUUAUACGACGAGAAUCGACUUCAUGACGACUGUCUCGCCAAAAUUGAAGCUGAAUUCGAUGGUCGUUCGAAGAACGCUAUUAUCAAACGAAUGAUUGCUCUGGGCUUGAUUGCGGAUCGAUCGGAAAUUGUACCUCGAAAAGCGAAAAAGUCCAACAAAAAAUCGAAAUCUGCUGGCCGCAGCGAUGACGAUGAUGACGAGGAGUCCGGUUCGAAUGAUGACAGUGAUGACGAAGCUGACAGAGUUCAAACUAAACGUCCCAAGAAACAAGCUAAACCAAAGAAAACCACGAAAUCGGCAAAGAAGCCGAUUGUCAAAGUUCCAUUCAAGUUGAACCAUCUGAAGACACUUCUAUCCGAAAUGAAUGAUUCGUUGAAGCUGGUCCUACCGUGGCUUCAAGAGUCGUUAAGCGAUGCUGCCGAAGAUAUGGAAGAGACUCCGAACGAUGGUGACAAUGGAGUUCCGUUAGUUCCAUUCACCAUGGACCAAAGCAAUGCAAUGGAUGACGAAAAUUUCAAGUUUUUCUUGACCGCACUCGGUAUUCAGCCACCGGUUGAACAAAUGGAAACCUAUUGGCGUAUUCCGGUCUAUUUUACGUUGGAAGACCUUAACUUACGGGUUCAGCUUUUGGCUGGCGAAUUGGAUGAUGAAGAAGAAGAAGAACAAAUCCAACAACAGCAAGCUGCUCAAGACGACGUAGAAAUGGAGCCAAUUAUGUACUCCACAGACGACGACGAGGAUGAGGAAAGUGACGUUGGAGAUUCGUCUAAACCAAAAUCUCCGCUUAAAAAUUUGAUGUACAACGACAGCGACAAUGACGACGACACCCACCGCACGCCAAUGAAGCGUAACGCUACAAUCGAACAAAAGAAGGACAACGCAAAGAGAAAAUUCGACAUUUUCGACAUGAUAAAAGAGCCCGAGUCGGAGGAGAUUGCAAUGCAGUCACAGGAGCUGCGCAGCCGUUUGGCUACGCUAAUUGAUUCGGAUGAUGAUUCGGACAAUGAAACGAUUACUCACACCAAAUCCGUGAAUAAGUCACACCACCGAAACGCCAUCGUCGACACGGAUUCGGAAGACGAGAAAGAAAAUACGGUUUUGAUUUCAUCAGCCAAUGAUGCAGCAACAGCGACAACAACAACAAAAUCUCUUCCGUCGACGACUUUGGACAGUCAUUUCGAUUCAAGUGCCUUUGAUGGAAACCAUUCAUCACAUAGCAUCGGCAUUAAUGUGUCUGACGAUGUGAAUGGUACACGUAACAAUAAACGUGAACGAUCUGAAUCCGAUGAAUCGAUGGUGGAUGGAGAAAAUGUUGUUGCCAAUAAAAAGGCAAGGAAACUUGUAUCUCGACGAGCUGUAAUUGAUGAUGAUGACGAUGAGUAAAAUGUAUUUUAUUUUCACUCUCCAUAAAAAUUCAACUUCGAUCCCCCGGACUGAUGUCGGAUUGGAUGGAUGGAUGGUUGGAUAUUCCAUUUUUUUUAGAUUUAGAUUUUAAAGAAUUUCAUUCAACUUUCGACGUGUAUACAGCAACAUGUUUAUUGUUCGCUUCAGUUUACACUUUUUUCUUCUUUUCUGUGUUUUCGUAAUAAAAUAAAUUGAAGACGUUUUGCAAA